UCAUCUGUUUGUCUGUAUCUCUUGGAUUGAAAAUGAGUCAAGAACAACCCAUCAAAUACGGCGACGUAUUUCAAGUCUCAGGAGAGUUGGCUAACAAAGCCAUCACCCCAGAAGAUGCCGCCACCAUGCAAUCCGCCGAAAAUAUGGUCCUUGGUCACACCCACAAAGGAGGACCUGCCGCCGUCAUGCAGUCUGCGGCUUCUGUCAAUCGAAACCGCGGUCUUCACCAAGUCACCGGAGAUCAACAAGUCACCGUCUCCGACGCCGAAGUUGCCGGUCAGCACAUUAUAACCGAAGCAGUCGGAGGCCAGGUGGUGGGACAAUACGUCCAUCCCACGUCAGCUCCAGUUUCGUUGAAAAGUGGUGGUGAGGAUUUGGUUACAAUAGGAGAAGCACUGGAGGCUGCUGGGCUAUCUGCCGCAGAGAAACCGGUGGAACAGAGUGAUGCGGCUGCGAUACAAGCAGCAGAAGUCCGAGCAACGGGGCGUAUGGAGGUGAUGCCAGGUGGUGUGGCGGCGAAAGCUCAGGGAGCGGCCUCCCAAAAUGCGCGAACUAUGUGUGAUGAGAAGAAAACAAAGCUUGGAGAUGUGUUGACGGAUGCAAGUAGUUUGUUGCCUGAAGACAAAGUGGUGACAAGGGUGGAUGCAGAAGGGGUGAUCGGGGCGGAGAUCAGGAACCAGCCGGAGAUGGCUACAUACCCAGGUGGGGUGGCUGCGUCCAUGGCUGCAGCUGCAAGACUCAACCAGAACAAGUGACUUCAAAUAUAUAUGCAUGUAUGCAUGUGGUUUGGUUUGAUAGUGUAGUAUGGUGUGCGUUACUAGUUUGUGGACCUUCAAUAUAUGAACUGUUUUUGUAUGUGAAUUAGAAAGAAGACCUUCAAUAUAUGAACUGUUUUGUA